CAUUUGAAACCCCAUAAGAAAUCGCUGGCUCAUUUUUUUAUCCCUAGAAAAUAUUAUGGAAUUUGUGGUCACUAAAUGUAGUAGUCUUAGGAAACAGUAGUAUAAGCCAAAGAAUUAAAAAAAAAAUCAACAUGGCGCCAACAGAUACGAGAGAAGAAGAGCUGUUUGAAGAAAUCGAAAGUUUUAUAUCCGCUCUCAAGCAUGGGCAAUACCAUGAUUCAUACAAUACGGCCACGCAGACAGUCCAGUUACUGAGAAAAGUUGUCUCCAUAACGCAUUGGAAGACAGCGGGAGAGUUGAUGCAGAUAGUCAGAAGAGAAGGAAAGAAAAUGGCAAAUGCUCAGCCUACAGAAUCAGCUGUUGGAAAUAUGGUCAGGAGAGUUUUAAAACUAAUAAGAGAGGAAUAUUCAGGGUCUGUAGGGGGAAGAAUAGAGGAUGAUCAUACAGAAGAAUCACUGCAUAAAUUGCUUAUGGCGGGUGGUGAGACAUCUAGUGACUUCAGCAAGCCAAGCCAUGGACUUAAAACAAUAGUUAUUGAUGCUAUCAAUGAGCUGAUAAUUGAGUUAGAAUCAAGUGCUGAUAACAUUGCCACUCAAGCCUUAGAACACAUUCACUCAAAUGAGGUGAUCAUGACAGCUGGGAAGUCCAGGACGGUGGAGACCUUCCUUAAGAAUGCAGCAAGGAAGAGAAAAUUUAGUGUCAUUGUCGUAGAAGGAGCUCCAUUUUAUCAGGGGCAAGAGUUGGCUAAGAGUUUAGCAAAAGUUGGAAUAGAAACGACCAUCAUCACCGAUUCAGCUGUUUUUGCAAUCAUGUCAAGAGUCAAUAAGGUUAUCAUAGGCACCCAUGUGGUCAUGGCUGAUGGAGGGUUACGAGCUGUCAAUGGAGCCCAUGCCCUGGCGCUUGCUGCAAAACAUCACUCAGUACCACUGAUUGCAUGUGCCGCAAUGUAUAAGUUGACACCACAAUAUGUUGUUUCCUAUGACCAAGACAGCUGUAAUAAAUUUGUGGCUCCUAAUGAUGUUUUGCAAUUUUCUGAAGGAAGUAUCUUAUCCAAGGUUGACAUACAAAAUCCUGUCUUUGACUACAUUCCCCCUGAGUUGGUAAACUUAUUUAUAUCAAACAUAGGUGGAAAUUCUCCAUCAUAUGUUUACCGGUUACUGAGUGAGCUCUAUCACCCAAAUGACUAUGAGUUAUAGUACUUAUGGGGCUGGAGGCGUAUGAACAAGAAAUCCAAAUAAACAGAUUAUAAAGCAGUUUGUUUUAUACAAACAUACAGUACACUGCGACUAAAUAAAGAAACAUAAAUCUC